CUAAUAUAUAAACCCAUGCACCUAAUUGCUUAGAACACCUUGCUCCUGUGGAAUAAUUACACACCACCUCACACUCAUCCAUUCAUUCAUUUCCCCUAAGGCACGCCUAUCUCUGUCUCUCUCUCUCUCUCUCUCUCUCUCUCUCAAAAAUAUAAAAGGUGCACAUUGACAUUGGUACAAAGAAUAUACAGCAGCAGCAGCAGCUCACAGAGAUUUCUGUGUUCAUCAGGCACUUGAAAAGGGUAAAUUUUGAGUCAUCCGUUAGUUUAACAAUGGAGGUGGUAGUGAAGUCAGAUGUUGCAGACUUCAAACAACAGCAGCAGCAGCCACAACAACAUUUCCAUGUAUUGGCAGUGGAUGAUAGCAUUUUGGACAGGAAGCUCUUGGAGAGGCUCCUCAGAGGCUCUUCUUAUGAAGUGACUUGUGUGGACUCUGGGGAUGAAGCACUAAAAUAUCUGGGUUUGCAUGAUGACCUAAACCAAAGUAGUACAACUUCCUCCUCAUCCACUUCCCCUCAGUCAUCAGAUGUACUGGAGGGAGCAAAAGUCAUCAAUUUGAUCAUGACAGACUUCUGUAUGCCCGGAAUGAGCGGCUAUGAUUUGCUGAAACGCGUCAAGGGAUCUUCUUGGAAAGAUGUACCAGUGGUGGUCAUGUCAUCAGAGAAUGUUCCUUCUAGAAUCAACAUGUGCUUGGAAGAAGGGGCAGAGGAGUUUCUGUUGAAGCCACUCCAGUUUUCAGAUUUGAAGAAGCUUCAGCCUUACCUGCUCAAAUCCCUCCGUCGCUAUUCUUCAAUCGACAGCAUUGACAACGGCGACGACGACAAUGCCUCGGUGAAGGAGGAGGUUGGUGGUGGUGAGAAUGACCAAACUGACCAAACCAAAAGCAGUACUGAGACUAAUCAUGCCAGGGGUAAUACCGUCAACAACAAUAUUGUUGGUAUUAGCAAGAGGAAGGCCCAAACAAUACCAGAGAGAUCAAGGCCCACGAUGAAGGGAUUAGCUGUUCUAGUAUAAUUAAUCAAGAUUAAUCAGUUCUAAGUCAAUACACAUUUAAUUUAUUACUAGCGGUGAGUAUGUUAUACAUACUGUAAUCAGAUUUUCCAAGGAUUGAGUGUUUUAUCACGCUCCCUCUUUUGAACAUGUGGUUUGGUUUUGGCAAAAGAGGGGCGUCGAUUCGAUUAUCUCGAGUUUCAAUCCCAUAAACUCUCGGAAGGGUUGUCCGAGCGUGUUUUGGUUUCAAA